AUGUCUGGUAUUGUGCUGUACGGAUUGGACAUAAGUCCCCCAGUCAGAUCCUGCCAGCUGACUUUGCGAGCCCUGGAGUUGGAGUAUGAGUUCAAGGAGGUUGAUCUUCUGGCCGGAGAGCAUCGCAAGGAGGAGUAUCUCAAGAAGAAUCCGCAGCACACCAUUCCGCUGCUGGAUGACAAUGGAGUCCUCGUGUGGGACUCGCAUGCCAUUGUCUGCUACCUGGUGGGCAAGUAUGGCAAGACGGAUGAGCUGUAUCCCAGGGAUCUGGUGAAGCGGGCACGGGUGGAUCAGCGGCUGUACUUCGAUGCCAGUGCUCUGUUCAUGGCGCUUCGAAAUAUCUGUGCCCCUUACUUUUACAAUAAUGUCACGGAGAUUUCGCGUGAGAAGGGCGACAAUGUGAGGGAUGGCUAUGGCCACUUGGAGACCUUCCUGGCGGACAAUACCUACAUAACCGGAGACACUCUGACCGUUGCGGACUUUUGCUGUGCUGCCACGGCCUCAUCUCUGCCGGCUUUCGUUCCCCUGGAGCCAGAGAAGUAUCCGAAGGUCAUCGCCUGGUUGGAGCGUCUCCAGGAGUUGCCCUACUACGAGGAAGCCAAUGGCGUGGGCGCCAGGAAGUACGUGGACUUGCUGAAGGACCAGCUGACCCUUCUAUAACCAGCAUUUCCCACAAUUAUCGAGUGCGUUGCUGCAUCAAUUUUUAAUUAUCUGCUAAUUAAAGAAAGCUGUUGACAAACGUUUGGCAUUGUACACACUCGAAGAAAAAACCCAUUAAGCAGCAAUAAAAUGCAUUAAA